CAGGAAUUGGCGUGCAUUUCGAUCGGUUUUCUUUUCUUGUAACUGCUUCUCACAAAGCAAUGGGAUGUUUUAGAGUACUGAAAGAUGCAGUUUUCUCUUAUUGUCAGAAAAGCCAACGACUUUCACAAUCACUGUGACAUCUGAAGCAGGAGAAAAUGAUGAAACUGUCCAGACAACUCUUAAAUUCACCUAUAGAGAAAAAUAUCCUGAUGAAACUCCACUUUAUGAAAUAGUCUCCCAGGAGAAUCUUGAAGAUAAUGAUGUCAUGGACAUAAUAAAACUACUAGAACAACAGGCAGAAGAAAAUUUGGGAAUGGUAAUGAUCUUCACUCUAGUCUCAGCAGUACAGGAGAAAUUAAAUGAAAUAGUGGAUCAAAUGAAAACACGAAGAGAAGAGGAAAAGAAACAGAAAGAAAGAGAAGCAGAAGAAGAAGAAAAACAACGUUUUCAUGGCACUCCUGUUACAAUUGAGAAUUUCCUAAACUGGAAAGCGAAGUUUGAUGCAGAACUCCUAGAAAUAAAAAGAAAAAAAAUGAAAGAAGAAGAACAAGCGGGCAAAAAUAAAUUAAGUGGAAAACAGCUAUUUGAAAUGGAUCACAAUCUUGACACAUCUGACAUCCAGUUCUUGGAGGAAGCUGGAAAUAGUGUGGAGGUUGAUGAAUCUUUAUUCCAAGAAAUGGAUGAUUUAGAGUUGGAAGAUGAAGAGGAUGACCCUGACUACAACCCUGUUAAUUUAGAUAGUGAUUAGACUUUUUUUGAACUAGAUAUGUUAUCAGUAUGGACAUACAUGAGGAAGAGAGGCAGGCAGGAAAGCCACAGCAUCUGGGGUUGUACCUAGAGUGCGUUGGUUUGUUUUCUUAUUUUUUUCUUUUUUGCAAAGAAAAACCAAAAUAUUUUAAAUCCAGGAGAAUGGUCUUCUGAUGAUUUUCAUCAUAAAUAAAUUGACUUUAAUAUUUCAAAUGAAAAAGUUGAGACAUGUUGAUCUGUCUGAAAGUAUGCACUUCUAUUUCCUCUUUUAUUUUUUUCCUUCAUACUUCACAAACUAUCCCUUGAAGAGACAUGACAGCAAGCAAGAUGAAAAGAUGUUAGAGCAAGCACUAAACACACCUGUGUAUGAAGACUAAACAGCUGUUCUGCAUCUUUCACCUAGGAUAUAUAUGAGCAGCUUUGGUAAAUAAAAGGGAUCACAAAAUAUGCAGUUUUUUUUUUUUUCCCCCCCUGUGCAAUUCUGUAACACUUCAAGAAAUGUUCAGUUCUGGGAGGCCCCAACCUGUCAGAUUCAUGAACAGCUAUAAGUAGGCAGCACUAGUCACCUUUUAAUAAGGCAGAGCCUUCUUAAAUUAAAUGGAAACCAUUUGCCUAUUACUAGAGUAAAAUCUCUGCCAUGUUAGGGAUAAUAGUUUCAAAAUUACUAGUUCAAUUUUAUAGGGGGAAAAAAAAAUCUGAAUGAGAUGAAGUCCUCUUAAAAAGAUUGGUUGAUUUGUGUAGAAAGGGUUUUUUGUUUGUUUUCUCCUUUUGAACUUGUGCAUCAAUUAGUUGAAAAAAAGCAAAAACCCUAAAAAAGUUAAUUUGCUUUUGGUUUUAAUAAGACUUUGUCUGAGAACAGACUAUGUGAACACACUAUCAGUGCAAGUGCAUGAUUCAUAUUAUUAGCCAGUGAAAGUGAAAAUUCAGAAUAAAGUAUCAGGAUUUAUAGAGUGCGUGUAGGCUUGAGUGUAAUGGGAGUUGUUUUAAAAGCAUGCUGUUGGCAGCCUGUGAAAGUCUUAGUGUGGCAUACAGUAACGGUGCAAAUCAAUUUGGGAUUGUUAACCAUGCCAGAGUUGCUUGUGGAGCUAAGUUUGAUAUUGGACUCCUCCCACUCUUGCCACCUCCAAAAAAAAAAACAGCCUUGCAAGAACUGCAUUGGGGAUUACACAGGCUGUGUUUGUGACCACAGUGAUACAUCAGCUAGAAGGAUGAUAAUAUGGAUGAAGGUUUCAAAAGACAGCUCUCCAAACAGAGAACCAGCAGACACAUCAGUAAAACUGUGUGCUGAAUUUUAAAAUGCUUUAGUAUGAUUGACUUAACUGCUUAGGAUUCAAGAUGAGGAUUUUCAUCCCAGAAAUAAUUUAAUGAUGUGUAAGAUUUUUCUGCUGAUAGGGCUCUGGAAAUUGUCAACCUAGAAUGAUCACAGCUGAUAUGUUUCAGUAACCUUUUCUUUUGUAUUGAAGAAGAAUAAACGUAAGUUUCUAGCAGACAGAAGAAGUAAGUGUUAAAGUAGCCUGUAAGUAGUUUUAUAAAUUAAUCAUGUCCCUUUGUCCCUACCCUCAUCUAUUUGAUCUUUUUAAUUUUGGCUACUAAGAACCAUAGACAAGAAUUGAGGUUUUAAUGAUAAUGCUGUACAUUUACAGAGCAAUGAGCAGGAUCUCUGUGCCAGCAGAGCUACCUACAUAUGUUCAAAAGCUUGUGAGCUAAUGUGAUAUGAAAUCUGACUUUUUCUAAAGAUAUGGUUUGAUUGAAAGUUUUAGGGUGCCUAUCUCCAGCUUCCUCUGUAAUUGCUAGUACGCUUUAAAAUGCUAUACGGCACAGAAUUGUAAUUUUCAUCUGCUAAGUCUUAAUUCAGUUGCACAAAAAUACUUUUAACUUCUAAGGUUGUUUAGCAUCGUCAGCCGUGUAUGUUUGAAUCUGGCAUUUUUUUUGUAAAAGCAGUGAAUUAGUUCUCGUUAUGUAUUGAAUCCAGGAAUAUUGCAAAAAAUGUGAUAAUCUGCAAAAAAUGUGAUAAUCUGAGGAAAAUUUGAAAGUGGGCCACUUAUAAGAAAGUCAUCUGAAUAGAAAAAAAUGAUUUCGUAUUUCUAGAUUAGUGGGGUUUUCUAUUCUAUUGUCAGAUUAAUACAUUUAUUGAUUUUUUUUUUUUUUUCAUGUAGAGGGUGAGCUUCUGAAUGGCCCUAUGAAUUUUAGGCUUGUUUGAUUUCAUUAGUGAUUGCCAGCUGUGAAAUAAAGGGGCACUUGACUGAGA